CCUCACCAUCCCUCUCCACACAACACAGCGAGCAGCCAUCCUGAACACAUGACUGCAGCAGCCAAAAGCCCUCACUCCACAACCACACGAGAAGCCUAUAAUGGAUAAAGGGAUUUUGCACAUUUGAACCCUUCGUUACAAUAACUGCAACUAAAGAUCUCAUCAUACAUGCUCAUUCAGAUCCGUUCCAGCGCGCAAAGUUCAGACGCAUCUGAAGGAACUUUGGAGAGUGGGAGUUUGGAGGACUCAUUUGAGACUUUCUGAACCGGUGCAAGGAAUCGUUGUAAUUUCAUUUGCUUUCUUGUUUGAAUCUGUAGGUGAUGCUUUUCCUGGGAUCGUUUUUGCGCAAAGGGAAAUUAUCAGUCUUUGGCACUGCUGGGGUUUUACUUCUGACAAUGAAAAGCAAAUGAGAGCGUUAUCCCUGCACUUUUAUUGACAGCUCAACGACAGGAUGCGGGAGCGGGAACUGCAGCGUGUGGGCAGGAGAUUGCUGCUGUUGGGCAUCUGUCUGCUGUCUCUCUGGGGUCAGCUGAGUCUGGCCUCAACACAUCGCAGCCAUAUUGUGCACGUCAAAGCGGGAACCUGUGAGGUCAUUGCAGCCCACCGCUGCUGUAACAAGAACAAAAUCGAGGAGCGCUCCCAAACUGUCAAGUGUUCUUGCUUCCCUGGGCAAGUUGCUGGGACAACAAGAGCGGCUCCUUCCUGUGUGGACGCUUCUAUAGUAGCACAGAAGUGGUGGUGUCAGAUGCAGCCGUGUAUGGAGGGCGAGGAGUGUAAGGUGUUGCCUGAUCUAAAAGGUUGGAGCUGCAGCACGGGAAACAAAGUCAAGACGACUAAGGUCACACGAUAGUCUGGGACCAAUAUACAUUUGGGACUAGGAGCUUUUUUUUUUUUUUUUUUGAUCAAA